GCAUCCGCCGGCUGCUGGGCGCGCAAGUGAAGCCGAGGAAGGGAGGGAACAUUGGCGCGUAUGUCGCAGCGCGUUAAUCCGCAACCUCGUCGGCCUUGAAGUGGAACGCACAACAUCGCCAAAUUCCAAGCUGUAGGGCACGGGAUGUUAACACGAGCCCAUGCUGUGCACCCCGCCAACGCGGAACGCCGAUGACCGGGUGUCGGACUCGGCGUUGGAUAGACGCAGACCAGGCUAUCUGUCUCUUGGCCUUUGUUCCCAAGUUUGAAGCGCUGCCAAGAGAAGCGGUCGCUGGGUGAAUUCAUUUUGCGACGGCACUAUAAGGACCCAGGGCAUCAGUGAGCAGCGACACCAAUGGCCAAGCCGCAGACCAGCACAGCAACCCGCAAGGCGGUGCACGAGGGCCCGGACUCCGCGAGAGCCUGGUACCUGGGCGUCUUCUGCACCGCUUACGCGUUCUUCGGUUGGGUGGGCCUCAGCUCCACGCCGGUCCUCUAUGUGGGACUCAUCAAGCACUCGGGGGCCUCCAGAGAGGCUGCGUCACAGCCCUUCACGGCCAUGAUGUGUGCGUACUUCACUGGAAGUGUUCUGUACGGUGGGCUGGCCCACUGGUUCAACGAACAGAAGCUGCUGCUCGGGGCCGCCAUCAUUAUUUCGUCGACGCUCUUCGCGAGCUUCUUCAUCGUCGACGUCACAGUUCUGACGGUUGUCCUGGGCGUACUUCACGGUCUGGGCGUGGCCUCAGUCGGAGUGGUGGUGGGCGCCCUGCUGUCGCAGUACUUCAUCAAGUACCGGGCCACCGCGUUCGCGCUCAUGUCGGUCACGCUGAGCCUGACGGGCGUCGUGUUCCCACCCGUGGCGUCCUACUUCGUCGCCGAGUACGGCUUCUCCACGUCGCUGCUGCUACUGGGCGCCCUGUCGCUGCACCUGUUCCUCUGCUGCCUGCCACUGGCACCGCAGCCGUGGCAGAAAGAGCCGCCGCCGCGGCCUCCACCGCCUCCCGCUGCACUGACCGCACACAAGACUCCCGCGGUGCGGGAAAACACAAAUGGUCACAUCGGGAAGCAGGAUGACACCAAACAAAAUACUCGCCAAAGCAUAUUUUCCUUCAAAAGGGUGCGGCCAUUCCUGCAAAGCAUCUUCGUGAUAGUCUGCAGUACGAACGCGUGCAGCUGCUUCGCCAUCUUCACGUACACGCUAACCAUCGUGGACUUCGCGCACGAUUGCGGCUUUCGAGGCUACCAGGCCGCCAUGUUGAUGACGGCCAUGUCCGUUGGCUGGGCUGCGGCGAGCGUGGCUCUAGCGCCGGCCGUGGACGCUGGGUUGACCAGCAAGGAGACGGUGGUCUUCACAAGUUUCGUGGUGCAGGGCGUCGGCUUCGUCUUUAUGGCGUUCCUAGGCGAACACUAUGGGUGGCUUGUUGCCGGCAGCGUGCUGGUCGGCUGGGGACAGGGAAGUCGAGGCUUCCUGCUGUUCGUGUUCGUGCCUGAGCGCUUCCCCAAGGGCCAGGUUCCCUUGGCGUUUGCUCUGAUGAGUCUUUCGUGCACGCUGCCCUUCUUUGCACGAGCGCCCAUCAUCGGCUAUGUUCGGGACACGCUGGGCAGCUACUUCAUGCUCAUGAUUGGGCUGGCCGUCAUGGACGUUGUGCUGGCCGUGUGCUGGGGUGCCCUGGCUCUGCUCAAGUGGAGGCACCGGACGGCCAAGCUGCGCAUAGCACUCCCGUUCGCCUGACGCCUACCGCGACGUGCCGUGCAUGCAUGCUGUAGUAAUCGCUACGAACUCCACGAGUCGAUUGAUCGGACUGUACGCCGGGAUCGAGUCAUUCAGCACUGAAGCCUUGCGCUGUUGCGCAUGAUGCUGCUCAAGGGCCGCCGACACCGGUAAAGAAGGCGCAAGGAGGGAGAGUAAAAGGAACAACCCAUAUCAAAUAGCUCAAAGUUUGCAUUAAACAUUGGUUGCACUGGUGGCGAUUUGCCACGCCCCUACCUCAUGAAGCUUGAAGGACAACUAUAUAACGGUAUAGUAUAUCGUGUUUCGUGCACUCGAUUACGACCAGCCGAAUACAAGCUGAAUGGCGAUCGAGAGCGCUCGAAAGAGACCAGUCGUAUAUCUGUAUACCAUGUCAGAAGUGAAGUGUGUACGCAAAAUAA